UAAUGCUGAGCAAGAGAAAGUUCUCACAGCUGAAGUGACAUGAAGAGGACGAGUAGUUCAUCUACAACAGCUCUGAUCAAUGCAACCUGCAACAAAAUGGAAACGAUGGAAAUAAUGGAUCCAGAGAGCCAGAUUACGGUUCUUCAGGACGAAAUGCUGCUGGAGGGAGAAGAAGAACAAAUGAGUGAUGAAGUGGAAGAUCUGAACAACAGCCUGAGAGAAGUGGUUCAGGACGGAGUGGUCAAGCCGAAGCUUCACUGUCUGAUGAUGGAUCCGUCCUUCUCAAUGGUGACGGUUCAGAGCGAGGACAGCGGAAUCAUUUGGGAAACGGCGUCCAGUCGCUGUUCGACCCCUUGGACCUCAGAGUUCAACAGUGUGACCUCUGAACCCUUGUACAAUCUCACCGGCCCUGGAGCGGCCGGCAGGAUCGUUUUCAUCAUGGACGAAGAACUGAUGAGCAGAACGAAGAGGAGGAGAUAUAAAAUGGAAAAAACAAAGACUUGUUCUCACGUCAGUGCCCAGAUCAUCGCUGAAGCUCAGAGACCGGCCAUGGUGGAAGUGUCACUCCCGAACGUCACACCAGUCGAUGGACAAGAAGAAGAGAAAAUCACAGAUCCAAAAGAAGAAAGACGUCAGCGCUUGUUCAGUCUGGUGUCUGAAGGAUCAGAGAUUCUGAAUAUCGUUGUUCCACCUAAAGUGUCCACAGUGGAUGAAGAGGAGAGCAAAGGUCUGGAAGAUCAUCUGUUUUACCUGGAGGAGACACCUGCUGUAAGAUCUGCUGACAUCCUAGAUGAACCAGAUGUAGACAUUUACUGUGAGACUCCAGCAGAGAAGAGCAGAUCUCCACUGUCAGUGAUACCAGAACCUUCAGUCCAUCUCUCACAUAUACAAGCAUCCAGACAAGGAGCCACAGCUGAGGAUUACUUUGAGAUGUUCACACUGCUGGAUCAUCAAACACCAUCAGGAACAUUAGAGGUGCAAGAAGAGCACCAGGACACGGAGGGAUCUACAGAAGACAAAGAAGAUAACACACUGCAUCCCGAUGCUGAACCAGAGUCUGGACUCUCAGGAGUCUCCUCAGCUGUUAGUAUGUUCAACAUUUCUGGAGAACAUCUGGACGACGUGUUUUAUGGUGGUGGCAGCGAUCCACAGUGUCACGACGCUUCAGGUAGUGUCGGCGAGAAGGAACGAGAGCUUUCAAAAUCCUCGCUAAAGGAAAGCGGUUCUGCUUUGUUUGGAAGUGAGGAGACAGUUCUCACGCCAGUAUACCUGCCAGAAGGUCCUCAGAAGAUCAUCGACCCCAACCUGCUGGAGGAGCCCAAAGCAAUGGCCUUCCUGUACUCAGAUCUGUACGCAGAUGCCAUCGGGAUGAGGAAGAAGCCGGACGAUGAAGAUGCUGAGAGUGUAACUUCUGAGAAAUCCUUCCACAGUCAAGAGUCAGAUUACGAGGAUAAAGGAUACCUGGAGAAGUUUGUGCUGAAGGUGGAGACUCUGGCCAUGGAUCGUGAUGUGAGCGCUGAAGUCCAUCAUGAAGACCAGCAGGAUUCUUUCAGAUACAUGCAACAACACACAACAGAAGAGAGAAUAGAGGAAGAAGAGCCAGACGAGAUCACGGAUUUCUUCAGGAACAGCGGGUCUUCAUCACCAUGUGAACCUGCUGAUCGGGAGCCAACUGAGUCAGAAGAAGAGACUGAAGCGGUGAGGACUCCUCGGGUCACUUUUAAAGAUGAUGUGACAAAGAAUAAGACAGAGCAAACUGAAACACAGCUGUCAAUAACUGAUGACACUGACUUUAAAGAUGCAUUUCUACCUGUUGAAAUAAGCGACGAUUGUCCAGCGUGGGAAGAAGACUUGCUGACAUUUGCCAAAAUGACUAAAAAAUCCACCUCAACCAGGACAGAUGAAGUUAAACAUAAAGCAAGUUGUUUCAGUAAAACAUCUCAAGAACCUCCCACACUGAUCCAAGCCAAUACAACCAUCAAACCCGUAAUCCCACAGCACAAACCCUUCCUCGAUCUGACCGCACUGCUGCCCGCCGAGACUCCCGAUGAGACAGAAAACAUUAACAGACAACAGAAACUCGAGGGCAGAAGCUCCGAGGCCUCACAGGAUGAUGGAUCAUCUCAAACUAAAGCAGAAGAUCUGGAAUAUGAAGUGAUCCGUAAUCAAGAGGAGAGUCUGGUGACAUCAGUGGCGAGGACUCGAGAAGACUGAGCUCUGAUCAAAGAGGCUUUACAACAGCAGAGCCCACAAAUCUGAUGGAUUACCUGUGUGAAGACGAUGUUGAAUGAGACUGUAGAUGCUUUGGACUAUUUAAGGAUUCCGGUUCCUCAACGGCUCUAUUAACGAUUCUUUUAAUAGUUCAGAAGAAGAAAUAUUUAGAAAUGAGUGCAUUCUUAUUAGAUUUACUGCCCUCAGCAGCCUGUUACCAAAUGAUAAUUUCAGAUUUUAACAGAACAGAUUCUUGCAAACGGUGUUUAAACAGACUUUUCAAUUAAGAUAUUUUAAAUGUUUCAUUAAUUUUUAUAAAAUACCACCAAUUCCAACUAAACUCAUAAUGUGUACCUUUAACUACACAUCAUCAUAUCAACAAUCACCAUAUAAUUACUCUGAAUUCUUGUUCAUUUCACGUCAGACAUGAUGACUUCCAUUCUGUAAAUUGUACAUUCACUAAAAAGUAUGUUUUGUUUUUUUUUCUCCCCAAUUUGGAAUGGCCAAUUCCCAAUGCGCUCUAAGUCCUCGUGGUGGCGUAGUGACUCGCCUCAAUCCGGGUGGCGGAGGACGAAUCUCAGUUGCCUCUGCAUCUGAGACCGUCAAUCCGUGCAUCUUAUCACGUGACUUGUUGAGUGCUUUACCGCGGAGACGUAGUGUGUGUGGAGGCUUCACGCUAUUCUCCGCAGCAUCCACGCACAACUCACCACGCACCCCACUGAGAGCGAGAACCACAUUAUAGCGACCACGAGGAGGUUACCCCAUGUGACUCUACCCUCCCUAGCAACCGGGCCAAUUUGGUUGCUUAGGAGACCUGGCUGGAGUCACUCAGCACACCCUGGAUUCAAACUCACGACUCCAGGUGUGAUAGUCAGCGUCAAUACUCGCUGAGAUACCCAGGCCCUCCACUAAAAGUAUGUUGAUAAAAUUCAUUCGUUCAGUGGGGAGCGGUGUACAGGUGCGUCCGCACACUUCAGCACUAUUCUACAUCAUCUUGUAGUGUAAGUCGUGCGAGUAGUGUGUUUACACUGAAAAAGCAAUGAAAAAUGUACUAUGAGUACCCAGACACACUUCUUCAACUGUCAAAAGGGAGUGUAGACUGUUGUAUACUUCAUGCGCUCAACAGUUAGUGAAAGGGGCGGAGUUACCUGGCCACAAUAUUGGUCUGACAAAACAAUCAUAAAUAAUGGUGAAUGUGGCAACUAAUGAAACUUCAGUCAAAUGUGAUCUGAAUGCUUCACCAUCAGCCCACGCUGUGUAAAUUUGUAAUUUUUUGAGAUACACGUGUUGAACUGAGUUCGGCGAUGUUUUCAUGCCCCGUUUUCAUUGUUGAUGGGUUUUAGAACAGGGGGAUCACCAAACUGGAUCAUGCAACCUUAAAGCCCAGGGCCCCCUCGGAUAGUCAAGGGCCCCUGGGCACUGGCCCCAUUGGCCCGGUCGGUAAUCCAUCCCUGGUAACCGGUUAAUAACCUGUUAAUUUUAUUCUGAUAAAUUUCCCAUGAAACUGAAGACCUGAAAAAAUGAGGCUUCUCUCUUUUUAGUAAUUAUAAUUAUAAUUUUAUAAUUAAUUAUAAUAAUUAAUUAAUUAAUAAUUUAUAAUUAGUAGAACAUAAGCAUGUGCUUUGAUUCUGAAGGUAACCACUGGAUUAAAAACCAAUGUUAAAAAAAUAAAAUCAUUCGGCCCGCAAAAGUUGUAAGGUGCCCGUCAUGCAUGUGUGCAUGAUUGAUUUUAGGUGGCCAAAUUAAUAUUUGAAUUAUUUGAAAUAUUUUAGGGUAUAUAUUUAAUACUAAGAAAACAUUUCCUGAAAAGAUGUUACUUUAUAUAGGCUACUGUAUACUUUAUGAUUUAUUUAUGCUGAUAAUUCCCCACAUGGAAAAAUGUAAUUGCUUAUUUUGGUUGAGUCAAGUCACUUAUUUUAAGCUUGUUUUUCUAAAGCAGUUCCCUUGUUUCUCUUGUGAGAUCUGUAACAACUGGUAUCUCACCCAAUCAUAGCACAGAUUACUGUCGUUGUAAAAAGAACGUUAUUAACCGUUCAUUUAUUCCAUUCAAACCAGUUACCAAUUGGAAAGGAGGCAGCGGAAUGCCAGAAUGCCAGAAUCAGAAUGAAAAAAUACUGUUUCUGCUCAAAACUAAUCAAAAUGAAAAACAUUUAGUUUUUGGUCCCUGGUGUAUAGUGUAUAGGGCAUCAUAGCUCAAGUUUUGCAGUUUAGAUUCAAGAGAACCGGCUCAUAAGAGUCAUUAGUUCAGGAAUCGGGCUACAGUAUGUUUCACGCUGAGAGAACACGGUUUCUAACCCUACUUUAGACAAAACUCCAGCUUCUUUUAAGCAAGUCUGAAGUGAUUCUCUGAUUAAAACCUCCUUGAUGCCUAAAGGGUCGAGCAGAACAUGAUUAUUUCUCUCGUGUUCUUCAUGAUAAAUCUAAGACAACAAGAAAAGAGAUGUAAAGGAGAAGUUUUACUGGCCACAUGUUGAAGAGAGUUAAACAGUGUGUCUACAGCUCAGAAUGAAUAAACUAUUGAAAGGAAUAAAGAAUGCUCUCAAAUGUUCUGUCAUUUGCCUAAAUGUGCUAUUUUUGCUCAUCUAUGUGCAUACAUUUUAGUACAUAACUUCCCGGUUAAGAAAAAAAUGUAUCUGCUCAGGCUUUAGAAUAUGUAAUAAUUAUACCCAGAAGAUGCACAUAAACAAAUAAACAACAUUCCAAUAACUCAUGCAGCGUUUGAUGUCCUUAUAAUAAUUAGAUUCAUGUGAGAAUGUUGAUUUCCGUCCUCAGUGUGUGUUAAUGUGCUGUCGAUGAUGUCACAAUGACAUCACACUUCACAUGAGCUCAUAUGAUCCAUUAA